GCAUUGAAACUCAUCGAGUUCUCCUUAGUGUUUGGGCAGAGGCUGCGGAACUGCCAGCCCGAGGGACAGGGGCAGUUUGUCGAGGAGUUCUGCGAUGGCUCAGCUGCGAGCACAGCUGUGGGCGAGACACAGUACAGGAAGAGACUAACUGGAAAUGUUUUCUCUCUUGUCAGUGGGAGUCGAUCUUCAAAAACAUUCAAACCCAAGAAGAAUAUACCCGAAGGCUCCCAUCAGUACGAACUCCUGAAGCAUGCGGAAGCGACUCUGGGGAGCGGUAACCUCAGACAAGCAGUGAUGUUGCCGGAGGGAGAGGACCUGAACGAGUGGAUCGCGGUUAACACUGUGGAUUUCUUCAACCAAAUCAACAUGCUCUACGGGACCAUCACGGAGUUCUGCACGGAGGCGAGCUGUCCGGUCAUGUCUGCAGGACCAAGGUACGAGUACCACUGGGCAGACGGCACCAAUAUCAAGAAGCCGAUUAAGUGCUCGGCUCCCAAAUACAUCGAUUACCUGAUGACGUGGGUGCAGGACCAGCUGGACGACGAAACGCUUUUCCCUUCAAAGAUCGGCGUCCCUUUUCCCAAGAACUUCAUGUCGGUGGCCAAGACGAUCCUGAAGCGGCUGUUCCGCGUGUAUGCCCACAUCUACCACCAGCACUUUGACUCCGUCAUGCGGCUGCAGGAGGAGGCCCACCUCAACACCUCCUUCAAGCACUUUAUCUUCUUCGUGCAGGAAUUCAACCUGAUCGACAGGCGGGAGCUGGCUCCACUGCAGGAACUGAUCGAGAAGCUGGGCUCCAAGGACAGAUAAACUUUCCCUGGAAGGAC